AUGGAAAUGUUCUAUUCCAUAUCCAGUUCCCGCAGAGUAAAGAAAUAUCUCGACGAAGCAACCAAAGAAUCGGUACUCGACGACCUCCACGAAACACUCGCUCCUCACUGGGUAGGUGCUAAAGACGUGUGGAAUAUUUUCUUUCUUCACACUUUCCAAGACGGAUACGACCGCUACUGGGACGUCGAGAGUUUCCGCCGGUUCCUUGCCAGUCAGCAUCCGGGCAUUGAAUCCCAGGAGACAGUGUAUCUCCUCGGCGAUGUCUGCAUUUCUACGCGCAUUAUCCAUUCAUGUAGUUCUCGCGGGAGCAGGAUCGAUGAAAAGGGGUUUCAGCGGGCGACUGCUCUCCUUGUCUUUCGAGCCACGGACUCACUAGGGAAACGGGAGCGGGGGAUCACGAUGAGGCUUUAUUACGCGGAGAACCAGUGGGCAGUAGACGACAUCAUGGACGUGCUGGCUACGACACUGCCUCACUCAAGUUUGGCGCCCGCACGCGAUGAGCUGCGAGAUGCGGCCGAGAGGAUACAACCUAGGGGUCUGGUUAGGCGUCGACUUUUUCGAGAUGAGUUCUCCCUUUUCGUGAGGUUACUCCUGCAGCUGAGAGUGUGGGAUGUUCAGGGGUCCCGCUUACCCUCAGGGAUAUUCGAUGACGAAUCGUCAUCUGCUUGUCAGAAACUGGCGCACAGUAUUGCGGACGCGGUUUGUCAUGAAGACCAGACGGUCGAUGCUGGAAUCGUGGCAGAUGUUCUCCCGGGUCUUUGCGAGCGAUUCUACCGCUUCUGGGGCGUUAUAUUCCAGCCCCGCAGUCUAAGGGAGACGGUGGUACCGCCAGAGGAACGAUUACCGAAUUAUAUCCUGGCGGCAGUUUCUCGUUUGCUCCCGCUCGGCACGGACGCCUCCGGGUCGACUGAUUGUAGUUUAACAUUUCUGGCUCGAACGGAAGACCUAGGAAUGGGCCAUCUGCUGCAACAACUACGAGGCGAUCGCCAUUCACAUAUUCUGUUGUUUACCGAUGAGACGUGUACAGCUGUGCUAGGGGCAUAUAUCCCUUAUAUGUCGAAUGAUGAAGCCGAGUCACAGUCCAGGAGCAGCCUGCUAGAGGAUAGGGGUCAUUUUCUCUUUCAACUGAGUCCGAGGUUCUCUCUUUUACGGUCGACUGGGCUCGUAUCAUCGCGAGAAGAGCUGUUCUAUGCUGAAAGCCCCUCCACAACGGACCAGAGACAGUCACCUUCCUAUACGAUAGGUCAUGCAGAAGGAGGGGCUCGUCUGCGCGUUGAUCCACAAAGUCUGACAGCUACAAUGGUUGCCAAACUGACGGCAUCAAGUGAAGAGAAAGCGAUCUAUACAGAUAUGUGCAAGGACCAGGACCGAGAACGGGAGCUCACAGUCCACCCUUCGCAACUGUAUAUACUGCGCAUUGACCCCAGCACCAGCACGACAACCUGGAACAGGAAUGGAAGCAAGGAGGGAGUCGGUGGAGAGGAAUUGCGAAACAGAAUUACAGGUUUUGGCUCGAGUAGCAGCGAAAGACCAAGUCUUACCAUGUUGGAACGGUGGAAUAGGUGGAAUAUUCGGCGUCAAUUCUAUGGUGGGACUUGCCCGUAG